CUUGAGAUGCUCAAAUUUUCAUAAAUGGGCUAUCUAUCUUUUUCUGAAAAUUUUAAAAAUUUAUAUCAGUUUGUUGCAUUGCUUUUCAAGCAACAUUUUUACUUGGUAGAAAUUGCUCCUUUUUUGGCAUAAAUUAGCUUUUCGUGAGUUGGGAAUAUCGUCUAACAUUCAUUUGUGUAUUAGCUUCAAUUUUUAAUGUAACGACUGCCAGAUGUUUGGGUUUAUGUUUCUUUCUUCUUAUCAAUAGUUUUUCAAGUAAAUAACAUUUCAAAGCAUAUGUUACCAUAAAGUCAAUUGCCUCUCAGUAUUAAGAUUAUUUUUGUUGUUUUAGAAAAGAAGCCAUGACUAUUGCUGAAACAAGUGGAUCUCCAACUAGGCUUCAGGGGAAGUAUGGUGCAAUGGUAGUAUGUUGGAUUCUGGGACUUGGGUCCCUUGUCUCUUGGAACAGCAUGUUGACAAUAGGAGAUUACUACUAUAACCUGUUCCCGAAAUAUCACCCUUCAAGGGUACUAACCCUUGUCUAUCAACCAUUUGCACUUGGAACAAUGGCAAUACUUGCUUAUAAUGAGUCAAAGAUCGACACAAGGCAGCGCAACUUGACUGGAUACAUCCUUUUCUUCAUUAGUACUUUUGCUCUAUUAGUUUUGGAUUUAGCAACAUCAGGGAAGGGAGGAAUCGGAAAUUUUAUUGGUAUAUGCAUCAUUGUUGCUGCUUUUGGAGUUGCAGAUGCCCAUGUUCAAGGUGGAAUGGUUGGAGACCUAUCCUUCAUGUGCCCUGAGUUCAUCCAAUCUUUCCUAGCUGGUUUGGCAGCCUCAGGGGCUCUCACCUCUGCUUUGAGGCUCAUCACAAAAGCAGCCUUUGAAAAAUUGAAUAAUGGCCUUCGCAAGGGAACCAUGUUGUUUCUAGCAAUCUCGACAUUCUUUGAGUUUCUAUGUAUUCUUUUAUAUGCAUUCAUCUUCCCAAAACUACCAAUUGUGAAGUACUACCGCUCGAAGGCGGCCUCAGAAGGAUCAAAAACUGUUUCAGCAGAUCUUGCUGCUGGUGGCAUCUACAUGGAAGCGACCCAAGGACUUUUGGUAUCUUUGCAGGCUGAAGAUGAUGACGAACAACAGAGGUUAAGCAACAAGCAAUUGUUCAAUCAGAACAUAGAUUAUGCAUUGGACUUGUAUUUGAUAUAUGUCCUGACAUUAUCAAUUUUUCCUGGGUUCUUAUAUGAAAACACUGGAUCACACCACAAGUUAGGCUCAUGGUAUGCACUUGUGCUGAUAGCAAUGUACAACUUGUUUGAUCUGAUAUCAAGAUACAUUCCCCUCGUGGAAUGCCUCAAGAUAAAAUCUCGAAAGGGCCUUAUGAUUGCUAUACUGUCUCGUUUCUUGCUCAUCCCUGCAUUCUACUUCACUGCAAAGUAUGGUGGUCAAGGAUGGAUGAUAAUGCUCACAUCUUUCUUGGGACUAACAAAUGGUCAUCUCACUGUUUGUGUCCUCACAGAAGCUCCAAAAGGUUACAAGGGACCUGAACAAAAUGCGUUGGGUAAUUUGCUAGUGUUAUUUCUUCUAGCUGGCAUAUUUUCAGGAGUUGCUCUUGAUUGGUUGUGGCUUAUUGGUAGUAAACAACAAUUUUAAAAGAUCAAGGCGGCGAACUGCCUCUUGAUCUUGAUGAAGAAAGACAGUUCAUCAUACUUGAUCAUUACUGAGAUUGUUUAAAUUGGAUAUGAAAGAGGACCAUGAAUCGUCGAAGAGUGAUCAUCAUCAUUUUAUUGUCAAGCAAAUCCAUUCCUUCACAGUGAAUAUUAUAUUGGUGCUUUAGAAUUUCACAGUUUGAUGUUUGUUUUUCACUUCUUUGUAAUGUAUUGAAAGGAUAGUUUUUAUAGGGUCAUGGUGAAAAAUAAAGAUCAAGAAUUUGAAGUGGUGGUUUA